AUUCCUACCGCUGAUUUGCGUGAGAUCUCCUCUGAUCAUAAGCGCCUUCAGCAGCUGCUGAUGUAUGUGGUGGAGAAGUGUCUCCUUCAACGCGACGUGGACGCGUUGUUAGCCGAGUCGCGUGAUAAUAUGCUGGACUACCUUACCCACGCCGAGUUAGCCCUUGAAGGCUCACCUGUCUACGACACCACCCUCCGUUUUACUCUGUCUGCUCUCUGGAACCUUACCGAUGAGUGUCCUGAGGCCUGCCAGGCCUUUGUUAAAGUUGGAGGCCUCCUCAUCUACGCAAAGGUUCUUAAGAAAAUGGCCAACGAGGAGGAGGACUUUAAGAAUCACGUUUACACCAAGUGCCUCGGCUUAUUGAACAAUGUGGCCGAGGUAGCCUCCACCAAAAACACUCUUCUUAUUGAACCGUUGAUGGAUUUCUUCAAGUACGUUUCUCACUACAAGUUCCACUUUUAA